GGGGAGCGAGCGAGGCAUCGACGGAUGGCCGUAUACGAGGGCCAGGGGGGCGGUCGUAUAUAAGUGACGGGGCACGUCGAGGAGACGGGGCAACGGGGAGCGGGGGCAAAGGGGCGGAGACAGUCGAGAAGUCGAUUGCGGGACACCGAGACAGGAACUAAUGAGUGACGCUAAGACGACGACGACGACUAAGGCAGGAGAGUCCGUGCUGGACGCCUCGCUGCCGAUCAAGGAGCAGAUGGAGCGUCUCAUCCGUCAGAAGCAGGCGGAGAUCUGUGCCGGGCUGGAGACGCUGGAGACCAAGCAGUUUGCGCCGGACGAGUGGGUCCGCGGCAACAACGGCGGGGGCGGGCGGUCGAUGGUGCUUGCGGACGGGUCGACGUUCGAGAAGGCCGGGGUGAACGUGUCGGUUGUGCACGGCACGCUGCCGCCGGGGGCCAUCGAGCGGAUGAAGAACGACCACAAGGACAUCGAGACGUCGGCAGCCGGCACGGUGGGCUUCUUCGCGUGCGGGUUGAGCAUGGUGUUGCACCCGUGGAACCCGCACGCGCCCACGAUGCACCUGAACUACCGCUACUUCGAGAUCAUCAACCCGGACGGCACGACGCAGACGUGGUGGUUUGGCGGCGGCGCAGACCUCACGCCCAGCUACCUCUACGCCGAGGACGCCCGCCACUUCCACUUGCAGCACAAGCAGGCGCUCGACCCCUUCGGCGCAGACCUCUACCCGGAGUUCAAGGCCUGGUGCGACCGCUACUUCUACAUCCCGCACCGCGGCGAGACCCGUGGCGUCGGCGGCAUCUUCUACGACGACUUCAACCGUCUCCCGGCCCAGCGCUGCCUCGAGAUGGCCGAGAGCUGCUUCAACGCCAUGCUCCCCUCCUACCUCCCGCUCGUCGCUAGACGCAAGGACACCCCCUACACCCCCGAGGAGAAGCAGUGGCAGCAGAUCCGCAGAGGCCGCUACGUCGAGUUCAACUUGGUCUACGACAGAGGCACCAAGUUCGGUCUCCAGACCCCGGGCUCCCGUGUCGAGAGCAUCCUCAUGUCCAUGCCCAAGACCGCCACCUGGCUCUACAACUACGAGCCCGACUCCGGCUCCCGCGAGGCAGACCUCCUCCAGGUCACCCGAUCCCCCGUGGAGUGGGUCUGAUCCUCCCGAUGUAACCUUUGUACAUAGCACACAUAGAUAGACCCUGCAAUCGAUGGACCACGACACCCCGUCUGUCGUGGACUUCCACAACCCCUUUCCUCCCUUCCCUUCCGACGAGC